ACGACCUAACCUCAAAAUGGGAGCAGUGGGACAAGUGGACAUACCCUAUUCGGAUGAUGCUGACUUUGAAGACUUGCAGGAUAAAGAUAGGACUGGAAUUGGUUGGAUAUGUUUGUUCCGUUGAGGCUCCGGUUCAGCAGAAAUCAUUUGAUUUAUUCAAAUUUGGAUUGAGUAACGGAACAAAGAAAGUAAUGUGUCUGAUAUGGGGUAAGGAGUUGAUCGACAGACACCAACCACAAGUUCUGCUUAACAGGAGACUUCAUGUGAAUAAAGGCUUAUGCAAGUCAUCGAAAUUUCCAAAGCUGCUCGAGUCUCAAGGAUUCUUGCCGUAUGAAAUAAUCAUACAACCCAACACAACUUUUAAUUUCUUCGGAGUUCAUACCAUGUUGGCUGGACCACCUGUUGUACCGCCAAGGCAAGUCAACUUCGAUACCAUCAGGGAUGUUGAGGGAAAGAUAUCCAUCGAUGGACACAUAAAAGCAGAAUUUUCACCUACUGCCAGUCGCUAUCAAAAUGCUACGUACGCUUGUGGUUCUAUAACAGAUGGCGUGCAUAAAAUUAUUGUCAAUAUCUCAAAUUAUACCGUGCCUGUAGAAGUGACCAGAGGAAUGGCAGUUACCGUCAUCGGAAAUAUUGUCAAUGACCCAAGUAUACCUUUAACUAUUUCUUGCGCAGACUCUACUUUGAUAACACUACGUGAGGAGGAACCACUGCCAGAACUAGAUUUAUUACGAGCGAACAGAACAUUGAAAAGAAGAACUCCUCCGGAGUAAAACUAAGAAGAUUAAUAUCUUAAUACUUUGGUUUCUGCCUUUAUAAAAGUUUGUUCGUUUUUUACUGUUCCUUUUUUACAGUUCGUUUUUUACAGUUCGUUUCUUACAGUUCGUUUUUAUAUAUCUUAGUUUUUUUCUAACUUUUAAAAACAUGGUUUUCAAACCAUUUUAAGUUUUGCAAAAUAAUGCAAAAACAUGACUAGAGUCAGUAGAAGAAGGACUAGAGUAUUUAUUGUGGUGUAAAAAAAUGACUAGAGUAAGUAAAAAAAGUGUGCAAAAGCACGACUAGAGUCACUAAACAUUUGUUUUUUAAAAGAAUGACUAGACUGCUUAAAAUAUAUUUAUUAUGUAAAAGAAUGAUUACAGUAUUGCGUAAAAGAGUGACUAGAUAAGUCAAAUAUUGCAAUAAGUACAAUUAUAGUCAGUGCCACAUUGUGGAAAAGAAUGACUAGAAUAAGUAAAAUAUUGUGAAAAGUUUCAUUAUAGUCAGUACCAAAUUGUGGAAAAGAAUGACUAGAAUAAGUAAAAUAUUGUGAAAAGUGUCAUUAUAGUCAGUACCACAUUGUGGAAAAGAAUGACUAGAUUAAGUAAAAUAUUGCGAUAAGAAAGAUUAUAGUCGGUACCACAUUGUGGAAAAUAAUGACUAGACUGCGUAAAAUACUGUGACUAGACUAACUAAAAUAUAUUUUUGUUUAAAACAAAAUAACUACAUUAACUUAAAUAUUGUGCAAAAGCAUGACUAUAAAAUAUAUUGUAUAAGCGAAUGACUAGACUAAGAGAAAAAUUGUGUAAAAGCAUGCGACUACAGUCAGUAUUAAAUUUGUGUACAACAAUAACUAGAGCACGUAAUAUAGUUGAAGCAACAAUGGAAAAAAACUGUUAUAAUAUUAAUAUUUAAUAUAAAUAAUAGAGUUGUUCAAAGUCAAAACUCUAUAUAUUGUUGCAUUCUAAUGUAUAAUUUAAAAGGGUAAUUUAGACUAAACAUAAUCAUAUGUACAAUUGUUACAUAAAAUAUAAUAAUAAAGUUUUAAACCCUAAUUUUGUAACAAGAACAAGAAUGUUAAAAUAAAGUGUGUUCAUAAAUUUUUCAGUUUUAUUUAUUUAUUUUUUAAGUAAAUUUUUAUAAUUCAAUGAUUCAAUUCAGUUUAAAAGCUUUUUCCGUGGGUGCGUGAACACAAUAUUCACUGCCACUGCGAAGAAGCUAUGCGCAUGCGUGAGAAAAGAAAAUCAAUAAAACCACUUAUGGUGGCCAGACGCAAACGGCGUUGCGUAGCCGCAUGUAUACCGUCAAAAGAAGGCAGGUGCAGGCCCUUUUCUGAAUUGUUUUUACAUAAAUUAAGGGGAAAAAGAAACCGGAUUCUAUUAUUUAUCCACCAAUGAUAUUCCGGUAUUGAUAUUAUUUGCAAAAAUUGAUUAUCAAUAGAACAAUCAAGGCAGUGUUUGGCGUUUACUACUGCAACCAGUAUCUACAAUUGCCAUUUCAGACAAAAUAAGAAAAGUUUGGUUUUCUAGGAUACAUUUGAAGCUGUUACAACACUUACUUCUUUGUUUACUAUUAUUUAAUUAAAAAAAAUGUAAACAUUUUUUGUAUCAUUAAUUUUAUAUUAAAGAUAAAGACAAAUCAUUUAUAAUAA